UAUGGAGCAUAUGUUGAGCCUUCAUCUGGCACACAACCGCCCGUCACUUCAACAACUCCAUCGCAGGGUUUGGGAGGCGGAAUAAACUCGCUUCUCUCGGCUUCGGCACUUCAAGGUCCAUCUUCACCAGCGUUGACUCCUGUGGCCCCCGCGCCGACAAAUGUUGACGUUCCACCGGCAUGGACAUCUCCUUCACCUACUCUUCCCCCUACUGUUGUAUCACCGCCACAGCAGCGAGUUGCACCUCAGCCUCAAGCAGCAGAAGAACCAAGAGAUGACUCGAAUGACAGGUUAGCACUGUAUUCAAGUUGGCAACGAGAAGUCGCUUUUACCUGUGCCGAUCCUUUGAGCGGAUUAGCAACAUCUUCUUCUUCUACGAAGGGAAAGAUCCUCGCUUCCACGACGACGGAGUCAGACGGUCAAGAGGAAAGUGAACAUCAACAACGCCACAUGCCUUUGAAAGAUCUGUCCUGGGCACGUCUGGUUGACCUACUCCACUCCACAGCGACGCGUGCAGGAGCCUGUCAGACUGCGAUAGGGCGGUUUUUCAAGAGUCACGUUUUUGCACCAGAACAAAACUGGGAUUGCUCGAAGAUCCAAAGGAAUCGAAAUAAGGAAACAGACGAUACUAAAGGAGACACUUCUAAAGGAGAUGAUGCACAGGAUAAAGGAGAUACUUCUAAAGGAGAUGAUGCACAGGAAAAGCAAGAUGAUGGUGGGCAGAAAGCUGAAGUUGAUCCGCUAGAAGCGGAUAUUGGAGAUGCGUACUUUCAAGAUUUCAUGCUUUAUUUCGUUUUUGUUGUUUACUUCCUAAUAAGCUUAAGUUUUUGUAAUUAUAGGGAUGUGCAUGAGAAACAGUUGAUGACGAGCAUGAAGAUGUCGAGAGCUUCACCAAUUCUACAGUACCUACUUCACCACUUCUACCCACUUCUACCCUGUUCUCAGGUGCCACGAAGCCGGAUUGCCAACUGAGGGCGACGACGUAGAUCAGAGUCAAGAUGUGGCUUCUGCAACAGCACACGACAAGUCACUCAAUCCUGCUGGCGUUCUUCGAUUGAAGGAGUUGCUCAUCAGCUUACCGCAGAAUUGGAGAGAACACAGCAAGAUGAAGGCUCAAGAACAAGUUGUAGAGGACUCGUCUAGUACUAGUGCGCAAAAGCAGAGCAGCUCUUCACAAGAGUUGUUUACACAAAGCAUCUUGGCUCAAAAAACAGCUUCCUUUUUCAAGCAUCGCAACAGUCCC